AUGACUAUGUCCUCCUUCCCAGAGGAACCCACCAUCGUGGAUGCAAAUGGUCCCGGAGAGCAAGGGCGGCGGCGCUACAAUCCGCCUGAAGAGGAACAUCCACCAACGCCGCCUGCCGGCACGGAGAACCAAGGCUUCGGCGUCGGCGUGGGGCUCGGGGAGGAGGAAGGGCUCUGCAAGGUGUUAGGGAGGGAAAGGGGGAGGAGGACGGUGCUCAGGGAGAGGGUGAAACUUGCCUCUCAGUACCACUUCUACAUGGAAACACAAACAGCACUAGCGAUUCCAGAUGAAGAUAACACUAUGGUGGUCUACAGUUCAACACAAUACCCUGAGGCUGUGCAGAGUGUCAUAGCGAGGUGUCUCGGCAUUCCAUUCAGCAAUGUGCUUGUCAUUACAAGAAGGGUUGGAGGAGGCUUUGGUGGGAAGUCAUUCAGAUCACACACUGUAGCAACAGCAGCUGCCCUUUGUGCCUUCAAGUUAGGUCGUCCGGUGCGGAUGUAUCUAAAUCGCAGUACUGACAUGAUCAUGAUCGGGGGUCGGCACCCCAUAAAAGCAUACUACUCCGUUGGUUUCAAGUCCGAUGGAAGAAUCACAGCCUUGCACCUUGACAUACUGAUCAACGCUGGGAUUUCUCCAGACAUGAGCCCCCUAAUGCCAGAGUAUAUUAUGUCAGGCCUGAAGAAAUACAACUGGGGUGCUCUCUCGUUUGACAUCAAGGUCUGUAAGACAAACAACACAUCCAAGUCAGCAAUGCGUGCUCCUGGAGACACGCAAGGCUCAUUUGUCGCUGAAGCCAUAAUCGAGCAUGUCGCUACGGCGUUGUCACUCGAUGCUAAUAGUGUCAGGCAAAGGAAUUUCCACACCUAUGACAGUCUUGUGAUGUUCUAUCCAGAAAGCGCAGGUGAAGCUUCUACGUACACAUUGCAUUCUAUCUUCGAUAAGUUGCUCACGACGUCAAGCUACCGGCAUCGAGCUGAAUCCAUCAAGCAGUUUAACAACUGCAACAAGUGGCGCAAGAGGGGUAUCUCUUGUGUGCCCCUCAUCUUGAAGGUGGCACCCAGGCCAGCUCCUGGAAGAGUGUCCGUGCUCAAUGAUGGUUCCAUCGUGGUCGAGGUUGGAGGUGUUGAGAUUGGGCAAGGACUGUGGACCAAAGUACAGCAGAUGACGGUUUUCGCUUUGGGACAGUUGUGGCCUGAUGGAUGUGAAUUCCUUCUUGAUAGGAUGCGUGUUCUUCAGGCUGACACGCUGAACUUGAUCCAAGGUGGGCUCACUGCCGGUAGCACUUCGUCUGAAUCUAGUUGUGCAGCAACUCUUGAGGCCUGCAACCUGCUGGUUGGCAGAUUAAAGCCAGUCAUGGAGAAGCUCAAGCAGCAAUCGGGUGGUGGUGUUUCAUGGGAUGCUUUGAUUGCUCAGGCCGUUAAGGAUAAUGUUAAUUUAUCCUCGAGUGCAUACUGGGUACCUGGCCAAGAAUCCAGUACCUAUCUCAACUACGGGGCUGGUGUAAGUGAGGUAGAGAUUGAUCUUCUUACAGGAACUAUUACUUCACUACGAAGCGACAUUGUGUAUGACUGUGGAAAGAGUUUGAACCCUGCAGUGGACUUGUGCCAGAUUGAAGGCUCCUUUAUACAAGGAAUUGGUUUCUUCAUAAACGAAGAACACGAAACAAACGUUGAUGGACUGGUUGUGAGUGACAGCACAUGGGUCUACAAGAUCCCGAGUGUCGACACCAUCCCGAAGCAGUUCAAUGCCGAGGUGCUCAACACCGGAUUCCACAAGAACCGUGUGCUCUCGUCGAAAGCUUGUGGGGAACCUGCCUUGGUCCUCGCAUCAUCAGUCCAUUGCGCGGUGAGAGAAGCCAUCCGAGCAGCAAGGAAGGAGUUUGGAAGCUUGCAGCUCACGUUCCAGCUCAACGUCCCUGCACCGAUGACGCUCGUGAAGGAAAUGUGUGGUUUGGACAUCGUGGAUAAGUACUUUUUUUUUAACAAGAGAAGGCACCAACAGGUGCCAAUUUCAUUCAGCUCAUUGACAGAGUACAUCAAGCAUUACAUAGACCUGCCAAGAAAAUGAAAGAAAGAGAAGCAGAGUCUAAACGCCGAAUUGUAAAUCGUAUACGUGAUGUUUGAAAUGUUUGUGAUGUUCAGUGCUGUGAGUGACACUUCUCUAAUAAUAAUUCCGGGUUGGGAUUUGUGUUUGUAAGUCCUGACUGAACCUAAAGGCGGUGCCUAGUUCCCAUAAUAGCUGCUCGCUUGCCACUUGGAAUGGCUCGCUCGAUCUAACAGUUUCCCUUUGGCUCCCCUUCCCCUCCCUAGCAGCUCCCGCGCGCCGACGCCAGGUUGCGCCGCCGGGCAAAGGAAGAACACUGAAGUUGAAAUCAGUAAAGAAGUAAAAUGUCAAGUCUCAAAAAAAAGUAAACAAGUAAAGAGUACCCAAAAGUACAAACUGUAACUAAUAAGAAUUAUCACGGCCAUUCAAGACAAAGGAAGAACAGAAAAGAACGAAGAGAAGACAAGAAAAAGAACAGUUCAAAUUUCGAAAUGUUAAAGGUCAUUUUCAUUCAGAAGUAUCUCCGUUGGGCAGGAGGAGCAGAGUUGGCCUAUUUAUAGAAGGUACUCCCUCCGUUCCACAAUAUAAGAUCAUUUUUCAAGCUAUGUUAGCUUGAAAAACGGUUUUAUAUUGUGGGGCUGAGGGUAGUAAUGGUACUUUUGCAACAUGAGAUCAUAAGAGGUACAUGCUGGCGUAUGACAAUAUGGUUGUUUUCCACGUAUUGGCUUCUAAAAGCAUUAAAAAGGCCAGUUAGCAGCUGCUGUGCCGUGCCAAAACAGUAGAAAAAAUAUUGAUAAUGCCGACUUGAAUGUACAUCGCUCCCAAAUGAACCAGUAAAAAUUUAAUGGUCUAGUAAAGGAGGACAUGCACAUACAGCCAGGAAAAGAGGGCAUGUUUGGAACACAGAAACGGGAAACGUUUGCUACAGAUCAUGUUUCACACAUUUAACCGCAUGAAAAGGGCGUGAAAACAUUCAACCACUACCAGUACUAGGACCAUGGACCACCAGAGUGAGACGAGCUUGAGCAAAGGCCCGAAUGCACCGAACUGGCACCCUCCAUGGACCACAAAAUCGUGAGAAGGUGAGAAGGCAAACUGAACACCACAUGAAGUGAUCUGUGUGUAGCUGUUUUUAAUGAGAUGGGCCAAUGCCAAACCACGGCAACUUAUAUCACACUAAACAUAAAAAGGCAACAGGAAUAAAUCAUCAAGGAGCCAUCAAUAUUUAGUGAGAAAGAAAAGAUCCCAAAGGAGGGGAGAGCGCAUUGUCUAUACCCUCGGCUCCUUGAAUAAUCGGAGACAGGUUUAUGUCAGUUGAUCACCAUCGCACAAGCUAGCCAGCCAGCCAGAUAGAUGGAUGCACAGGGUAACGGUUCCCACCACAAAACGCCAGCACCCUUCCUAAUUGUUGGGGCUUGGAGUGGCAAGCGUCGAUGGUUAAAGUUAACAAGGACAACAAUAUCAAAUGUCAAUACAAGAAAAAUUGAUAAUGGAUACGAAAAUAGGAACAAAAAGAUUAACAAUAGCAACAAUAAGAACUGCUUUUAAAUUGGUUCAAUGAAAAGAUUUCACGCCAUCUUACCUUCUGAGAAGGUCCACAAAAAGAACCAGAGCCAUAGGUAACGCCAGGUUCACUUUUCAAGCUACAGGCCCACAAUGUACAGAAGAGUACAUACGACUUAAUUUUUGACAUGAGAAAAACACACAAAAGCUGUUCAGGAAAAUGAAAAUCAAGCUGUUUUUUGGAAUACUCACUGAUCCAAUUACUAUAAUAAUCAGACAAAAGAAGUAUAAAACACAGGUAUCAUAACAAACACAUGGCGCACAAGGAAUAGUUCACAAAAUCAAGGAAAAUUUUGGUGUAUUGCUUGAAUGGCUCAGAUUUACCCCACCAUGAAUCACCGAAGUUGGAAAAUGCUUCAGAUAGUACAACACAACAAAGUCUUUCAGUCCCAAACAACUUGGGAUAGGCUAGAGCUGAAACCCAUAAGAUAUUGAAACCUACUCAUUGUUCUGGCAUAUAGAGAAGGGGGACAAUGGCUAACAUAACGAAUGCAGGGACAAUGGCAUACAGAUCCCAGGUGACCCAAGCAAAAGCUCCAAGAGCACCUUCAAUCAUGAUUAGACAAAAUAUAAGACCUUUUUAAACAAACGAAUGCAGUUGACUGGACACUCAUUUUAAACAACCUGCGAGGAAUCAGUUCCUCGGUAAUGAAUCAAAAUGUGGCAAGUUGGCAGCAGCAGCUUAAAAAGAGACUAAUGACCAGCAAAAUAAAUGCUGCUCUGACCAAAAUAAAACUAACGCAGUAUGAGCUUCAGUUCUAAGAAAACGCAGAUAUUGCUGAUCAUAACUUUGUCUUUGAAAAAGCAUCUGGCAGGACAAGACAAGCAAAACAACAGCUUCUCGUUAACCACAUGAACAGAACUGCCAAUAGCUAAAAACAUUGGCGAAAAAAGGACAAUCAUGUGAUACACACUCCCUCCGUUCCAUAAUAUAAGAGCGUUUUUUACACUAUAUGUAUUCCCUCCAUGUAUUCAAUGAGAGCUCAGGCAGAGGGAUUCAGAAUUAAGGCAGCAGAUUAGGGUGUAAUUGCAUGCAUACCGAUUCAAGCCAAAAAGCGGAACUGUAUCAUGAAAAAUCCAUCGCGGCAGCUCAGAUCUCAGGCCUCCUUUGGUUCAUAGGAUAGGAAUAUCAUAGGAAUAGGAGUCAUAUGAGUUUUCCCCUAGGAAUCCUAUCCUAUAUAGUUCCUACAAAAUUCCUGUAAACCAAAGGAGGCCUCACCGUGGACACCCGACUUCCCAGGCAUGAGAGGCCACACAGGGUCCCAAUCUUCCACGAUGCCCAACCCAAAACCGCCAGCCCCUGCUGUUUCAGCUGCGGCAACUGCCCGAGGAGGGCCUCCAAGCCAAUGCAUUAGUGCAGUGGGCCUGAACAGGAGGGGUGGCCCCAUGAACCGAAGCUCCAAGGCCACCACCAGGGCUAGGGAUGAUGGCUGGGAAGUUUUAUAAGGACAAUGAUGGCAAGCAUCGAUAAUGGUAGUUAAGGAGGACUAUUAUACCAAUAUCAACACAAGGAAAAGUAAUAAUUGGAUGGUACAAGAGGGGGUGGGGGUGUUAACAGUAGCAUUAAAAAACUGCUUUAAAUUGGUUCAAAAUAAAAAGAUUUCACAUCCUCUCACCUUCCCAGAAGGCCAGAAGGUCCACAGACAGAAAGAACCAGAGCCAUAGAUAGGCAGGUUCACUUUUCAAGCUACAGGCCCAGAGUGUAGAGUAUAAACGACUUAAUUUUCACCAUGGGAUCAUGACCAUUAACGAUUGCCAAUAAGAUAUACUUUUAAAAAGGCUGUUCAGGAAACCAAGCUGUUUUCUGGAGUAUAUUUCAGAAGUACCCAAUGCUAAAAUUACUAUACUCAGGCAGAAGUACAAGUGUGAAGUGUCAGACUCACGUACCAUAACAAAUACAUGAGGAAUCCUCUACUUUUAAAUAGCUACAACCCACUAGCUAAUUUUUAAUAACAUGCAGCCACGCCACAUCAGCACGUAUGGAUGUCAAUCACAAAUGAUAAGUUACAUUUAUUUACAUCCAAUCCACGAUCUAGUUUUUCUAAGCAUGCAACCAUGCCACCUAAGGACCUAUGCAUGUCAAUUAUAAGUUGCAAAAUGCAAUCGUGCCACAUUAGCAAGCCAUACAUGUUGAUGGCGUUGAUAAGUUAUAUUUUUUGAAUUGUACAUGUCGACGUCGUUGAUAGGUUACAUUUUUUUAAUUGACUUUUAUAUUGUCAUAUACAGCAUACAUGGUGGAUACUUGAAGCCUAUCUACGUAGUUCAUGAUUUGCACUCUUUAUAGAAAUAAAAUGGCAUGUUGUUAACUACAAUGUAAGUCGAGAAUACUAUUAUUAUCUUGAAUGAAUGGCUCAGAUUUACCUGACCAUGAAUCACCUUAGUUGGACAAUGCUUCAGGUAGUAACAUAAGGAAUAAAACCUCUCUCUCCGCUCAGCAACAAAUAGCCACAACUGGUAACUUGCUGUAGAGCAAGGCCUCCUAGUUUAAUGACUAACUGUCUAACUGGGCAAAGUUGAAUGGAACCAACCUAGAGACGUGAAAGUGUCUCUAUCUCAGGAUAUGUUGAAAGACACCAAGGGGCGGAAAUCAUCAUAGCCAUUCAGAAAAAGAAUAAUUAUCAACAACACACAACAUAAACAAAUAUGCUGUGUUCAAAAGUUAAUAUGGAAUAGUGCACUGAUGGCCGUAUUACUGGCAAUGAAAGAAGCAAUUGCCAUUUGUUCACUUCAGAUAAAACGAGUCACUCCAAGCCAAAAUAAAAAUAGGAGAACAUGAACUUUCUUUUUUGAACCAGAAGAAAGCCAUCAACAGGGUUAGUGCUGCAGAUUACAUUGAACAUAAUGUAAACGAGAAAUAGAAUUGUAGAUUCGGAAUUAAAAAAUA